AUAAAAUGAUUUUUUUUUUUUUUUUGACAGAAAAAAUAAAAAAAUCAUAUGGAGAAAAAAAAGAAGAAUCUAAUGGAAGUGAAUAUACUAUAAUAUACAAAUAUAUGAUGAAAUCGCUCAAUAUGCUUUUAUAUGACGAUACAGCAUACGAUGUAGCUAUAGAGGAAUUACCAGCAACCGAUACAAUUUCUAAAGUUAAAGAUUACCUGAGAACUAUUAAAGAUAUAGCAAUUUCAAAGAAAUUCCCAUCUUUUAGAAGAUUCUAUUGGAUCGUGAAAUAUGACAUACUAGAUAGAGCAAGCGAAUACUGGUAUCUUCACAUGCAAAUUAUUAAAAAUAAAUCAAAAAAAAAAAAAGAAGAAUCUAAUGGAGAAAAAAAAGAAGAAUCUAAUGGAGAAAAAAAAGAAGAAUCUAAUGGAGAUGAUUCAAACGACGACAAUAAUAUAUUAGAUCAUUGGUGCAACACUUUGUAUUUAUAUCAAAUUCAUCGUAAAUAGCUUAAAGAUGAACAGUAAUAAUAAUAAAAUCAAGAAUUAACUUUUACUAUGUAAUGAUUACAUUUCAAAUAUUUAUAGUUAUUUUUAAUUUAUUUAUUUAUUAUAUAAAAAAAAGAUAUUUAAAAUAUGAUGUAUAUGACAUAGUGAUUUACGGAUUUUAAAAUAUGUACUUUAAAUAAAUAUAUAUAUAUAUAUUAUUAAAAAUCUUUGAAAAUGUACUCCUAAUUAAUUGAGACUAAUUUAAAAAAGUAGAUAGUACUAUGGUGUAUGAUAAUACUAUUUAAUAUUAAUGCAGUUUUAAUUAUUAUGAUUAAGGACUGAAUUUAUAUAAAUUUUUAUGUUUUUUUCAAUUAAUUUAAAAAAAUAGAUUGAUAAACUACAAUGACUAAGUGUAGCUGCUAUACACGUUUGAGUUACAGUCAAUAGAUCUGAAAUACAAAGUAUUACUUUGUAUGUUUUUGCAUAUUUCUGUAUUUUACGUAUUUUCUUUGCAUAUAGACGAAUUUUUCAUGCAUAAUAUGUUAUAGGGUCUAGGAUUUUUCGGCACGGCUGUAUCGGCGCGAAGAUAUAUCUGCGCUGGAAAUUUCGGCGCGGCGUUUUAUUUUUAAAUUCACUAUUACUAUUAUGAAAAAUAAUCGUAAUAAAAUCAAAAACAAAAAUUUAUACUUACCUAUAAUGUCUAAUUUAUUAUCGAAUCGCGGACGUGAAGUUUUUGUACUAGAUGGUUUCAUGUAUAUCUUCGACAAAUUUAAUUUUAACCGUACAAAGCGAUUUUGGAGGUGUCGCAAUUUUGGAAUUUAUAUGAUAGAGUCUUAAAUGCCGAAAAUAGUACAAAUAAUCAUGCUGAGGCAGUAAAUAGGAGGUUGAAUAUUGAAAUGGGAGUGUGUGGCCCAACAAUAUUGACAUUUAUAAAUUGCCUGAAAAGGGUUCAAACAGGCCACGAUGUUUUUAUAGAGCAACUAACUGCUGGAUGGAGUCCCCCUAAAAAAUUUAAAAAAUACACCGACUUAAAUAGUCGAUUACAUAAAAUAUUUAGUAAAUAAAUUGUAUGGAUUAUGUAAAGGGAAUAGCUCAUAAUAUUUUUUUUUUAAAUAAAUAUCAAUUGUAUAUAAUUAACAUGUUUAAAGUAUUAUCAAUUCAUUUUUUAAAAAUAAUUAUAAAAUUUUAAGGUAUCAUAAUAUACGCCUAUAUAUUUUAACCAUGUAAUCAUGUAUUAUUACACAUAUUAAACUUUAUUGUUAUAUUAAUUAUUUUGUAUUUUUAAAAUUUAUUGUAAUAUUGGAAUAAUGAUGAACUAUUAAUAUAUUAUUAUUAUUUUUUUUUGUAUUUUUAAAAUGUAUGCGAGUUAAUAACCUAUACAUUUAUCUUACCUAUAUAAUCGGUUGUCACGAUACACGAUAACGAUAACUGCUAUAUUUGGUAAGAUUGACAAUUUUAUUACGUUUAUUUUUCAUAAUAGUACCUAAUAGUUAAUUUUAAAAAAGGAAACGCUGCGCCGAAACAGCCAUGCCGAAACGGACGAUUUCCUAUGUUAUACAGAGUGCGGCAUAAGUCGGUUCCCCGACUAUAUUAUUAGAUAUAAUAGAUUUUAUUUAUAUUAUUAAAUAAUUACAAAAAAUCACUGGUUAUGCUCGAACUGAUGACAAGGAAUACUGAAUUGAUAAGCAGUUUUGCGAUAACAAAACAGCGGGAACCGACUUAUGCCGCACCCUGUAUUUUGAUUAUAUUAAUUAUAAGUAAUGUAUUUAUAUAUGUAUUUAUAAAACUAUA